AUGAUACUGCCACGUUUGAUACCAUUGGACUUGACCGCCCUUGCUCUCCGACGUGUGUACAUACAGUCCAAAAAUCUGGACAGGGAGAGUGCUCCACUGGAGUACGCAGCCAAGGUGAGACUCUGCACCCAGGCCAAACGAGAGGACUUAGUGGAAUGGGAAAGAAGGGCGAGGAACAUAUACCGCACUAGGGGCCUGAGAACAACCCAGGCCAUCCUCCCCUACUUCAAAGAAUGGUAUGAGAGAGUGGAUGGUUACAUCAACUUCCAUAGCACACAAAUAAUAUCAGGUCAUGGAUGUUUCAAAGACUAUCUGCACAAAAGAAAGAGGGCGGACUCCCCACUGUGUGAACAUUGCGGAAAUGAACCGAAUACGGCCCAGCACACCCUGGAGUCCUGCUCAGCCUGGGAGCAGGAAAGAGCGGAGCUUCGAGAUGUACUGGAAAGAAGAACGGGCCUUAGUCUACCAUUGAUUAUAGCCACGAUUAUUGGAGAUAGGACAAAAUGGAGGGCCUUAGUCUACCAUUGA